CCCUCCCCCAACCCCUGUGCCAGGCAUUUAGCAAGCACUUAAUAAGUUCAGCAAAUAACUUGCCAAGCCCCUACUAUGUGCUAAAUACUGUCCUUGGCAUAGGAUAUGCAGUGUGAAUGAAAUAGACAAGCUAUUUUCAACUGCUGUGUUCUGAUACAAACAACUGACGAUGGGGUGGUGGAGCUGGGGACCAGUAACCGGGGUGGUCACGGGAAGCCCCUCUGAGGAGGUGACAUUUGAGGAGAGCUGUUGAUACUCUUGUACUUGGUGCUGGGUGUUGAGCAUGUAGAUGUGGCUUAGGCCCCAUCUUUGCUAGAGAUGAUUUCCCCAUCCCAAGCCUGUGUGUGUUCCUCCACUUCCCCCUGAACUAAAAAAAAGUUUGGACUUGGAGCCAGUGUGAGAAUGCUUCUGAGGGAAGAGGUGGCUGUUGAGGCAUGUGGAUCUCUUUGAAGCACAGUUUUAGAGAUGAGACUUGAGUUCAGAUCCUGCCACUCUGACCUUGGGCACCUUACUGAGCUCCAAGCUCAGUAGUGCUGGGUGUGGACCUGGAACCAAACCUGGCCCCACCGCUUCCCACCUUGGACACAUUCCUUAAGGCUCUACACUUCCAUUUCCACAUAAAAGCGUGUUUUGAUAGCCCCCUUUGAAGGGGAGGCAGACUAUACAUUUGAGCUAAUAAAAUAAAGAUACGUGUGGUGAAUGCUCUAUAAAUAACCACUGGGAUAGUAAACAAUAGAGUUUUAUUUUUCCUAUUUUAAAGAGAAGAAAGGUGAGGCUCUGAGAGGAGACAUAACUUAGCCUGGGUCACCCAAUCAGGAAGUGGCUUAUGAGGAUAAGUAGCAAUUGUGGCAGGACAUUGCCUAGCUUGAGGCCCAACAUACAAUACUCCGCUUGGGAACUGGGGUUAUUCCUGGCAAUCAAAGGGCUGCCUUGUUCUCCUGCCCCUCAGCACAGGAAAUUCCAAGGUGGUUUUCCAUACUGGCUUCUUUCGUUCUGUCUAGGGGGACAGCAAAGGGGCUCAGGUCCCCAAGCUGACUCAAGAAAGAUGGAAUUGAAUAUCUUAACUUGCCCGACUGGGCCUCUCUGAUUGCUGAGGGGGUGGCUGUCACUUGGAGUGGCCUGGGCUGCCUGGGGCCUAUCUGAGCAUUUCCUAGUGUUGGCUCUCCUCACCCUGUCCUUAAAAUGGUUCUGGCUGUGUAGCAGCCUCUAGGUGGUGUGGGUAAAAUUUGGGACUGGUUUAAGGCGGGGACAAGAACACAGGUUUCCUUGUGUUGUUGGAGAGGGAGGGCAGGAGGAAACGAGACCCCAUUCCUCUCUUGGUCACUCUCUUGCUCAGAGUCCAUGAUGGCUUGGUCCCUGGUGUUUCUUGGUAUCAUCUUUCUGUCUGCCUUCCCGGGGCCUAGUGUCGGGGGCCACCUAAUGCCCAAGCUGGCUGACAGGAAGCUGUGUGCUGAUGAGGAAUGCAGCCACCCCAUCUCCAUGGCUGUGGCCCUUCAGGACUACGUGGCCCCCGACUGCCGUUUCCUGACCAUACACAGGGGCCAAGUCGUGUAUGUCUUCUCCAAGCUGAAGGGCCGAGGGCGGCUCUUCUGGGGAGGCAGUGUUCAGGGAGAUUACUAUGGAGACCUAGCUGCUCGCCUGGGCUAUUUCCCCAGUAGCAUUGUACGCGAAGACCAGACCCUGAAACGUGGCAAAAUCGAUGUGAAGACGGAUAAAUGGGAUUUCUACUGCCAGUGAGAGCCUACCGCUGUCCCUGCUGUUUUUUUUUUUUUCCCCUCUCCGGCUUUAUGCAAAUACACCAGUCAAGUGCAAA